AUGAGCGGGUCAAUAGCUCGACACUCCUACCGGAGAUUCCUUCGGGAGACAAUAAGAUCUAGUCCUCCUCCAGCGUUCCUUAUUCCUGCUUUUUCUUUACCGCAACAGUCUCAAAAAUUUUCCACUUCGUCAUCUAGAGAAUCCCGAAUCGGUGCUGCCCCGAUCGCAGUGCCACCAGAGGUAUCGUUGAAAUUUGUGAAAUUGCCGAAGUCUCAGAGCAUCGCGAAAUCACGGGCGGUGGAUGUCCCUACUAUGGGCGUGGAAGUGUCUGGCCCUCUAGGCAAAAUGACACUUAAUAUUCCCUCGUUUUGCACCCUUGAUUUCGAUCCGGAAUCGAAAAAAGCGAACUUCGGGGUGACGAAUAUCGAAGAUAAGCAUCAAAAGUCUAUGUGGGGCACGACUCGGCAACAUCUCAAAAACUAUAUUUUAGGAGUAUCUGAGGGUCAUAUCUGCAUUCUGAAACUAGUUGGUGUUGGCUUCAGGGCGAUUAUCGAGCCAACAGCCAUUACUGUCUCCCCUGAAUUUCCAGGCCAGCAAUUUGUCUCUUUGAAAGUCGGCUUUGCACAUCCAGUUGAACUAGGGAUUCCACAAGGCGUCAAGGCCAGCACUCCGCAGCCAACCACAAUUCUGCUGGAAGGGGUUGACAAAGAAGUUGUUACGCAAUUCGCAGCAAACAUUAGGAAGUGGAGACCUCCAGAGCCUUAUAAGGGAAAGGGCAUUUUCGUGAAUGGGGAGACCAUAAAGUUAAAGGCGAAGAAGAUCAAAUGA